UAUUUCACGAUAACGUACAGCAUUUAGUUAGCAAAAAUAUCUAGUGAAUUAUUAUUAUUUUUUUUUAAUCAGUGGACAGCAUGUCGGCAACAGCAGGCUCGGUUCCGCCGCCGGUAUCGUGGGCUCAGCGCAACGAUCUGGUCUUCCUCAUCAUCGACGUGGAGUGCAAGGACAUGGAACACAGGGUGACCGAGGAGAGCUUUACGUUCAAGGGUGUCAACGCCUUGGAUGAAUCGAAGAGGUACGAUGUGACAUUGCAUUUUUUGCACUCGGUGGAUGCGGAGAAGGCGACAAGCAAGAAUAUUGGACGCUGUCUAGAGUUUACAAUACCCAAGAAGGAGAGCGGACCCUACUGGCCCACCCUCACCACAGACCCGACCAAAUUGCAUUUCCUCAAGGCGAACUUUGCCAAGUGGCGUGAUGAGUCGGACAACGAGGACGACAACGACGGUGUUGCCACCGAUCAAGGCAUCCUUGACAAUUUAAGGAACAACUCGAACGCCGGCUGGAACAAUCAGCUCGAUUUGGACGAUCUGCGGGAUUUUAAUUAUUUCGAAGGGGUUGAGGAUGACAUCGAUGGUAAUACUCCCAGCCCCUCCCAGGAGGAUGAUGAGGACAACGAUAGCAACGUGGAUGGCGACAAUGAGCUUUAGGCCGUCGCUUAGAGCGGCACUCUCAUUACUUUCUGGACGAGUAUUCUACUGAUUAGUCAACAAAACAAAUAGGAAAUGCAAGCACACACACCCACACACUGAAAAAAUUCCGAAAUUCCGAAAACUGAUCACAACACUCUCGGCGCUUACGAAAAAAAAAAAACCAUUUACUUGUAUAUUUCUAUACCCUGCACCCAAAGGGUGAAAGGGUAUACUAGUUUUGUAUCGUGUUAAUAAAGAUAAAGAAAUA